AUGGCGUCCUCGACGACCGAGGCCCCGGCCGAGUUCUUCGACUUCAAACUCUACCGGUACACGCCCUCGCUGGCGGCGGCCAUUGUCAGCGUAAUUGUGUUUGCCGUCCUGACGGCGCUGCACACGUGGCGGAUGUUGAAGGCGAGGGCCUAUUAUUUCAUGGCCUUUACCAUCGGCGGUGUCUUCCAGACGGCCGGGUACGGAGGACGGAUCUGGAGCCAUUACGACCCUCUCUCCAUCGGCGGCUUCGUCAUCCAGGCCAUCCUCAUCCUCGUCGCCCCGGCGCUGUACGCCGCCUCCAUAUACAUGAUCCUGGGCCGCCUCAUCCGGACGGUCAAGGGCGAGCACCUGUCGCUGAUCCCCGUCAACUGGGUGACCCGCGUCUUCGUCACGGGGGACGUGAUCGCCUUCAGCCUCCAGGCCGGCGGCGGCGGCAUCCAGGCGGCGGGUACGAUGGCCAUGUACGAGACCGGGGAGAAGAUCAUCAUCGCCGGCCUGUUCGUGCAGAUCGUCGUCUUCGGCUUCUUCGUCGUCACCUCCAUCAUGUUCCAGUCCCGGCUCACCAGGAACCCCACGCGCGUCGCCCGCAGCGGCAGCGUCCCGUGGAAGCGGUACCUCGUAGUGCUCUACGUCGUGAGCGCCAUCAUCCUCGUCCGGAGCAUCUUCCGCGUGGUCGAGUACCUGCAGGGGAACAAGGGGUAUCUCAUCUCCCACGAGAUCUUCCUCUACGUCUUCGACACCAUCCUCAUGGCCAUCACCAUGGCCAUCUUUGCCAUCUGGUACGUGGAGCACCUGGAGGACCCGAAGCGCGGCAAGUUUGUGGAGGACCUGGAAACGUCUGGCUCGGGUAACAGUUGUGAGAUGGACGACAGUGUUCAGCAUGGACGACAGGUCCGUGAGCAGCAUGACCAGCAUUGGAAGUGA